AUGGAGACACUUUCCGGCUCGAGAACUGCCAAGCGAGAGGGAAAUCCUACAAAUGUUGACCCUCGAAAGAGCUAUUUGCAAAUGGGUUCUAGCAAGAAGAUGAACUUCGAAACAACCUCUGGAGCCACAGCUAAAUCUGGCACUGGACCUUCCAGCGUUUCUACGCCUAGAGGCCCCGCGUCAAAGAGCUUGCGCCAGAAGUUCAUGCAAUCGAACAUCUCUUUCGGCCAAGAGAAGACGACUUAUCAACGGGACUCGCAGCAGCUUGGGCGACUUCCCCGAUCGAAUGAGAAAAUCGCCAACGAUUUUAGACGCUCUCGUCGUUCUAAUCACAUUUCACCGUUUCUAGUGUUUAGCGUUUCUGUUUCUUGUUUUAAAAAUCAGAAAUAA